GGAGCUCCGGCCCCGCGGAGGAGCCGGCGGCCAGCAUGGAGAGCGAGCUGGAGGCGCUGGCCCAGCAGCCGGCGAGCCCCGCCAAGCUGCCCUUCCAGGCGCUGGUGGAAGCUGCGGGCGGCCGCGGGCAGGUGCUGCUGGUGGGCGAGCUGUGGGAGCGCGAGCAGAGCCGCGCGCUACUGCGGGACUUCUCUCGCUCCGUGUUCCCUCCGGAGACGGAGCCGGAGCCGGAGCCGGAGCCAGAACUGGACAAGCCGGGCAAGCAGGGCUGCGCAGAGUCCGAGCGCGCGUGCACCGCGGCGGUCACCGGGCCGCAUCGGGCUCCGGGGGCGAAGGCAGCGCGCGCCAUCCGCUCGCCGCUUGUCUUCGUGCUGUGCCGCUCCUCGUCGCUGGCCGCUCGGGAGCCGCGCCGCCGCCUGCGGGAGAUGCUGCGGGAUGUACGCUGCCGGCGGCGGCAGGGCGCCGCGCUGGUCGGUGUCCUGGUAGCGGACGCGGGAGCGGAGGACGCGGUGGCGCCGGAACUGCAGCUGCUGGAGACGCUACUGCGCACGGUGUUCGGCCGCCAAGUGGGGGGCCCGGUGCAGGCUGCCACCUUCCGCCCCGGCUCUCCGGCCUCCAGCCUGGCGGUCCAGGAGGCGGCCUGCAGGGCCCUGCAAGCUGCCGGGCCAGGUCGACCAGCAGAAAGUGCCUGGGAGAGACCCGGCCUCCCUGGCCUACUGACUUGCUUUUCCUGGGGUCCUCGGAACCAGAGGAAGAACCGAGGAGACGCCACCUCCUCCCGAGGCCCAGCUGGAGAACACCUCCACGCCUCAGAGGAGGAGCUUGCACUGACAGCCAUAUUUCCCAAUGGAGACUGUGAAGACCGUGGGAGUGACUCUAGAGCCCAGGAUGGAGUUGUCCACAUGCCACCUGGGCCCUUAAAGGACGCAAGAUGAAGGCUGGACCCGUGGACUGGCCCUAACGGGCAUACUGCACACUGGGGUCUGGACCUUCUCAGUGAGUCUCCGUGUCACAGUGUUGACCUCAGCAGAUGGUGACUGACUCUAAAGAUCCCACUUGCUUGGGGGCUGCUGCUUUCAUGGUUGCCAGCUAGGCAGCAAGGCCUGUGGGACCUGCUCCACACUUAGGGUUUUUUUUUUUCAAGGUGUGGUGAUCUUGUAUCUCUGUGCCUUCAUUUCUCUGAGCCAAGGAGAUGCUGUACCGCUUUGCAGACAUGUCACUCAGUGUCUGGGGCUUCUGUUUCCGAAAUGAUUGAGGGGGCUCCCAGCCCAAUGGUUUUCCACCCAGGGAUAGGCUGCACCUCCAGGCAACACUGGAAACUUGUGUGGGGACAAUUAGUGGGCAUCUCACAGUGUGUAGGAUGGCCCAACCACAAAUAAUUGGUUUACUCUGAAUACCAGUUGUGACAGUUUUGGGAAAUGAAAGAGCCAAUCCCUUCUCCCUGUCCUUCUGUGAAGAGAUCCCCUUAGGUUUCCUAGGACCUUGACUCCCAGAACAAGCCAAAAUAAAGACCUGACUGUUACUGUGAGGGGGCCUGCCAGGCCAGAGCCAAGACAGUUUGUGUGUUACAGAGCCAGGACCAAAAGCACCUUGCAUUCUGUGAGGAAAAAAAGGGCCUCUGUCUUCCUCAUGUGGACACUGAUUACUGUGCCAAAUCCUUUGCAGAAAGGUUUGCUGGGAGUUGCCUGUAGCACCACGGAUAGGGAAAGCCAGAGUGCUGGGGUAUUCAUUCCCCUGACUUGUACUAGAUCUCAGGUCCUAGCCCAAAUAUUCUGGAAUCUUCCCUCAGAGUCUUUGAGUCACAUAGAGUGGUUAUGUUCUCCACAGAGCCUGCCAGGCCAUCUAUUCGUGCAGAAACAACUGGGAGUUACCUCUCGUCCCUGCUUUUCCUGGAGGGGAAGGGCCCUCUUGGUUUUCCCUGAUGUGAGAAAAGCUCUCAGAGAGAAGUGGAUAGACCCAUACAUUCAUCUGUGUUCUGCUCUGCAGAUACCCAACUGUGCUGGGCUUUGCAUAGCUCCCUGUGAGGAGCUACAACCCUUGGAGUCCUAACUUCAACUCUUUCUGUGACAGUACAGAGGGAGGUGAGCCUCCCUGCUCUAUGCCUGAUUUCUUCUUGAUCAUCCACAGCCUGAUCCUACCUCUCAGAGAGUGUGGUGUGGAGAGAUGGCAUCUUCCUGGUGUGAGGUGGAAGCAGACAUCAUUUUAAUAACACAAGGUUGAAGGGUAAGAAGGUAGUGGCACACGCCUUUAAUCCCAGCACUUGGGAGAGAGAGGCAGGCGGAUCUCAGUGGUUCAAGGCCAGCCUGGUCUACAAAGUGAGUUCCAGGAGAGCCAGGACUCUUCCAUAAUGAAACCCUGUCUCAAAACAACAACAACAAAAUACAAGGUUGUCCCACGGGAAAUGGUCCCAAGUGGAAUAUUUUAUUCAAGUAUGAACUAGAGGUUGGGAGGGGGGUAGUUCAGUUAGUGGAGGGAAUUAUUUUGACUUGAUUUUGUUUUUAAAUGGGGAGAGUGGUGUAUUUGAAGCUGCUACAUCUCUGUUACGAUAUUGACCUAUGCAGUCCUAUGUAAUAUUUCAGUGUGAUUUUUAUUAUUCCAUCAAAGAAAGGGACUUGAAGUUUAAGUUUGUCUAAGACAGAAGUUACAGGGUUAAAAAUCUUUUGUAUUUGCUACACAUGUUUGAAACUUAGGGAAUGGCACGUUUAAAUCAGUGGAGUUUCCUGAGGGAAGAUGUACCUUCCUCUCCAGCCCCUACUUGGAGCCCCAUCUGUAUGUGAAUGUAUGUGAAUUCACCAGAGUCAGAAAUAAAGGAUAUCAAAGAUUUAUUAGGGAACACUCACGAAUGACAACAAGGUAGAGAGUGGGCAUUCUGUCCUCCUGCCCUGGGGUGAAUGGGAGCAGCAAUCUGAUCUCCACACAAGAGAGAGUGAGCCUGCCCCCUCUUUCUUUAAGAAGUUAUGAAGCUCCACCUCUGUGGUGCCAGAUAGCCCAAGGUCAUGGACCAGCUGAAUACUCACUACACCCAUCCCUGCUGCACCUCACUCAUAGUACCGUUUGAGUUUGUAGCCUCUGGUCUACACAACAUUUGUGUUAGUUGUUAUGCUUUGAGUUGCCUGUUGUGUCUUGUAUCUGGGUGAAAGGUCUUUGUACUGAGUCUGGGUUCUGCUUCCCAGCUGGUAAGCAGACACAGCAAACAGCGUCCUGCCGUCUGUCUUAGUACUGUUUCGCUGCAGACAGAAAGACUUGGGUUUCACUAGGGAUGAUCUUGUGGGUCCCUCCCAAAGGAAGGAAUGAAGGCUGGAGUGGCCUAAGGAAGGCUGGAGACCUGGAGGAAGCCAGAAGUUCCUGGGAGCCACGUGUGAGGAACUGCCCCCAAACUUCACUGGGGUUCUAACCUGCAAUGGGAGGGUAGUUCCCCCGCUUUUGGCUUCAGUUCUGGCUCCUUAUAUCUAAUAAACCAAACAGUGCCUCACUGGUAUCUAGUAGAAACA